AUGCAGGUGUUCAGCCGCGGUUUGCGUAAAACCACCAUUUUAAGCCCAUUGAGGGCACGAUUAAUCUGCCAUACGAUACCUACUUGGAAAGCACCUCUCAGGAAUCAUUCGAAACAGGCGUCCCAAGCUGCCCAAGAUGGCGCAGAGUUCGUACCGAAACAGAGCACGCUUGCAUUGCCAUCCACUGGCAGGUUUAACGAGAUUGGAGUCCAGCAAUUGAGCAGUGUCAUUCACCCUCAAAUAUUCAGUAAUAACCCUACGCCUCCAGACCCUAAACUUGUCGACCUAGCCCGGGAUCAUCUAUCUCGACAUGAUUUGCUGGGGAAAGCACAAGAUGGCUCUGAUCCGAUCGGAUUCAAUCUUCCAGCUCUGAAAGGGCGAUCGCUAGAUGAACACUUCCAUAAGCUGGGAAUGGAUGCUUCUGAGCCCUUUUUAAGCGAGGCUAAACAUUAUGCAUUGGCUCACUUACCCCAGCAACCACGAAAAUGGAUUAGGCAGAGCGGUUGGACGAAAUACAGUGCGGACGGAACGGCGGAAAAGAUCGAUGCCCCCGAUGAGACAAAGUUAACUUUUGACACUGAAGUUAUGUGGAAAGAGCAUCCAUUUGCUGUAAUGGCUUGCGCCGCUGGCCCAACGGCUUGGUAUGCAUGGAUCUCGCCGUGGCUCCUGAAAGAGACUGAUAAUACCCAUCAACUAAUACCGCUGGGUGACACAUCAACACCUCGAGUCAUUGUCGGACAUAAUAUUGGGUAUGAUCGAGCUAGAAUACUGGAAGAAUACAAUAUUAAGCAGUCACGCAACUUCUUCAUCGAUACUAUGUCUCUGCAUGUGGCGGUAAAUGGAAUGUGUUCACAGCAACGGCCAACUUGGAUGAAACAUAAGAAAAAUAGAGAUCUUCGGGACAAGCUAAUGCGUGGAAAUGAGUCAGCUGAGCUUGCGUCCAUGGUUGAGAAUAAAAUGCUCAGUGAGGAAGAGGAAGAGCUAUGGGUAGGCCGAAGCUCCGUUAACUCUCUCCGCGAUGUUGCCAAAUUCCACUGUAACAUCACAAUAGACAAAGCUCAACGGAACUAUUUCGGCGAACUCGACCGAGAGGGAAUCAAUGGGCAACUAGACGAGCUCCUAGAUUACUGUGCCGCCGACGUUGCUAUCACUCACCGGGUUUACAAAAAGGUAUUCCCUAAUUUCUUGGAGACCUGUCCACACCCCGUCAGUUUUGCGGCAUUGAGGCAUCUUUCCACUGUUAUUUUGCCGGUCAAUGAAACAUGGGGAGAGUACUUGAAAAGUGCCGAAGAAACAUACCAUCGCGCCUUGAACAAUGUGCAAAAGAGGUUGGUGGAACUUUGCGAAAAUGCUCUCAAGGUAAAAGAUAAACCAGAAAUAUAUCAAAAUGAUCCUUGGCUUCGGCAGCUGGACUGGUCAGGUCAAGAGAUUCGGAUGGUCAAAGGCAAGAAGAAAGGUGACCCCCCUCGGCCGGCGGCCCGACAAAAACUACCAGGGAUGCCAAAAUGGUACAAGGAUCUUUUUCCAACAAGUAAAGCAGAUAUCAACAUUACAGUACGGACUCGUAUAUCCCCAAUCCUCUUGAACCUUUCGUGGGACGGCUUUCCCCUUGUUUGGUCGGAUAAGCAUGGCUGGACUUUUGAAGUUCCCAAAAAGGAGCUAGAGCGAUAUGAGAACAGGCGUUUACCCCAUGCGACAUGUCGGGGUGAGACAAACGCUGCUCUGCGCGAGAAUAAGAGUCAUGUAUAUUUCAAGCUUCCGCAUAAAGAUGGGCCAGACGCUCGCUGUGCUAGCCCUCUCUCAAAGGGAUAUCUGCAAUAUUUCGAAAGUGGGAAACUCACAUCCCAGUUUCCAUUGGCGAAGGAGGCAUUGGAAAUGAACGCAUCUUGCUCCUAUUGGAUAAGCGCUAGGGAUAGAAUCACAUCGCAAAUGGUCGUUUAUAAAAAGGAUUUGGAAAACUCGGGUUCCCCAGGCAAGGAGGUUUCGCCGGACUCAAAAGUGGGCUUCAUCCUUCCACAAGUUAUUCCUAUGGGAACAAUCACACGCAGGGCAGUUGAAAAUACCUGGCUCACUGCAAGCAAUGCCAAACCAAAUCGUGUCGGUUCUGAACUGAAAGCUAUGGUUCGAGCACCACCCGGAUAUGUCUUUGUUGGAGCGGAUGUUGACUCCGAAGAACUUUGGAUUGCAAGCCUAGUUGGCGAUGCGCAGUUUCAACUACACGGCGGGAAUGCUAUUGGCUUCAUGACACUCGAGGGUACGAAAGCGGCUGGUACCGACUUACACUCGAAAACAGCAAAGAUUCUUGGAAUUUCACGAAAUAAUGCAAAAGUUUUCAAUUACGGCAGAAUUUAUGGAGCUGGCUUGAAAUUCGCUGCCACACUUCUACGACAAUUCAAUCCGAGCAUGUCUGAAGCAGAGACCAAAGCCGUGGCCGCCAAACUAUAUAAGGAGACAAAGGGAACUCGGACAACUCGCAGGUUAUUAAGUGAGGAUCCGUUCUUACGAGGUGGAACUGAGUCGUUCGUUUUCAACAAGCUGGAAGAGUUCGCAGAGCAGGAGAGGCCGCGAACCCCUGUUCUGGGAGCUGGUAUCACUGAGGCAUUAAUGCGACGCUUUAUCAAUAAAGGUGGUUUUAUGACGUCCAGGAUUAAUUGGGCCAUUCAAUCAUCUGGUGUCGACUACCUCCAUUUACUUAUCAUAUCCAUGGAUUAUCUCAUUAGGCGCUUUAAUCUUGAUGCACGACUUGCAAUUACCGUCCAUGAUGAAAUUAGGUAUGUGGUUAGGGAAACAGACAAGUACAAGGCUGCAAUGGCACUACAAGUUGCAAACCUUUGGACUCGGGCUAUGUUUUCGCAGCAAAUGGGUAUUGACGAUCUACCGCAAUCGUGUGCAUUCUUUUCGGCAGUAGAUAUUGAUCAUGUCUUGCGAAAAGAAGUGAACAUGGACUGUGUGACUCCAUCUCAUCCUAACAAAAUUCCACAUGGGGAAUCCCUCGAUAUUAGUGAACUUCUUUCCAAGGGCGACGAGGCAAAGCUUGACCCAUCAGUCACUCCAUCAUCGCCGCCGGUUCCAGAGAAAUACAGCUACACCCCGCGAGAACCCGUCAUGGCAUCUUUACAAAAUUCAAGUAGCAUGGAUUUUAUCAAAGCCCAGAUUACCAGUGACGAUAAGGAGCUACGAGAAUUAAUAAAGGAGACUAUGAAGAAUAGUUACUCCUCGUCACCUAGGAGCACAACAAAGUCGCAACCUAAACGUGGAUCAACAUCGCAGAUACCCCCUCACGCAGAACCCCAAAAGGCUGUUUUAAUGGAUGUCCAACCAAAUCUCCUUCCAAAGUCAUCAAAUAUCUCCAAUAAAUCGUCGUCUUUUACGAUACACCGGUUUGGUUGGAAGCCUCGAUCCCCUGCAUCUGUCUAG